CUCGCCGCGGGCUCCAGGUCAGGGCGAGCGAGCGGGUUCUCACUAACAUGGAGGAUGAGUUCUUUGGAGAAAAAAGCUUCCAACAUUAUUGUGCAGAAUUCAUCAGACAUUCACAACAGAUAGGUGACGGCUGGGAAUGGAGAACAGCCAAGGAUUGUUCUGAUGGCUACAUGUGCAAAACACAGUUUCAAAUAAAGAAUGAGACUCCGACACCACAUCUGGGAACACCUGUCAGUGUGCACACGUGUCUCCCCACAGAGGAGACUUCCGAGCUACCACUGGAUGACGCUGAAGUGAUGGGCCCUGCAGCGGAGGCGACGGCAGAAGUGAUUAAACAUGAGUAUCAUGUCUUAUACUCUUGUAGCUACCAAGUGCCGGUUCUUUACUUUAGGGCAAGCUUUUUAGAUGGGAGACCUUUAGCUCUGGAGGAUAUAUGGGAAGGCAUCCAUGAAUGCUACAAGCCGCGGCUGCUCCAGGGACCAUGGGACACUAUCACCCAGCAGGAGCAUCCAAUACUUGGGCAACCAUUUUUUGUUCUACAUCCCUGCAAGACAAAUGAACUCAUGACUGCUGUGCUAAAGAAUUCACAGAAAAUCAAUAGCAUGAAGAACACCAAGAGCUGUCCCUGGGAAAGCCUCAGUUUUCAUGGAAAUGGGACUGCAAUGUGUCAUGUCACCAAGAUUUGAUGCGGAUUUCUUUCCUUGGAAAGAAGACAUCUGCAGAAGCCUGUUUGGAAGAGUGGUUGUGUGGCAGGAACAAGUCACAGAUUCAGAUCACUAUAAAUAACAAGAAUGAACCUAGUUCAGCGAUGAUGUCAUUUCUGACGUCAUCAGAGAUUGCACGGGUCAUUUUUGCCAAGGCACAGUUCUUCUGUUGUGGAGAUUGAUGGGGAAGUGUAUUUGUGUGCUUGCUUUAGUGUACAAUGUAUGAAAAUUAAAAUGUAGAAUGUGUCUGUUUCUGAAAAUUAAUUUAUAAAUAUGGCCUGUCUUAAAUUACUCUCCCACAGUCAAACUCAGGAGCAAUGGAUUACUUCUCUAUCACUCAC